AGGACUCACCAAGGAGAGUUAGGCGACUUCCUGCUGUCCGAGUCCGGCGUUGAUGUCGACCACUAGAGUGGGCGGCCUGGAGGAAGAAGGGCGGCAGGUAUGCCGCCCGUCUCUGUCGCUCCCACGAAUAAUACACACGAAAGGCGAGGCGUGACCACACCCCCAUCACCCACACGCGCCUCCCGGCUGCCCUUGUCGGCGUCGUGGUCACCACCAACACACACGGACCUGCGGGGUACAAGGUGGACACGAUGAAUCCUCGCUGGAAUCUUGCUCGAAUGUAUCGCAGAAGCGUAUGCAGCCCGACAAAUGCGGCUGGAUCUGGAGUUACUGAUGAGCACGCCCAAGCAAUACCAGCCACAGCGCCAAAGUAUUUGUCCCCUCACAACGCAGAAAGCUUUCUUCCCGGAGACUAGUGGACAGCAGUCUCCUAGCCACGAGUCCACCAUCGCCAGUAUCAAAUGCCAAUCACCCUGCGAGCGCGCCAUCGCCAGACUAGACCGCAACUUGCCCCGCCGGCUGGACCGCUUUGCACCCUCCAGGCGUACCAUCGCCAGCAGCAGAGAACUGUUCCGUCGAGCACCUCUGGCAAAGAAUACCGACUCCUCUUGUCCCGAGGAGUCGAACCCGAAGGAAGUACCUACCGUGGGUUGGAAGGACUUUUUCCGGUUAGCUCUACGUAAGAUGACGUCGUUUUGCUAGGAGGAGGCUGACACCUGUGCACUUUCUCCGCUGAAGUCUUUCAUGAACCAUCGACCGUCGCAUCACCAGCCUACGGAUAAACCUACGGAUAUUCAUUUAAUCCACUGAAGUGCUGCUAUAGUUAAUUGUUCACACAGUAAAGAAGACUAUAAUGGCACCUCAAGAUCAACUUCCUGAUCAACUCAUACUUCCUGAUCAACUCACACUUCCUGAUCAACUUAUACUUCUUGAUCAACUCACAUUUCCUGAUCAACUCACACUUCCUGAUCAACUUCACACUUCCUGAUCAACUUCACACUUCCUGAUCAACUUCACACUUCCUGAUCAACUUCACACUUCCUGAUCAACUUCACACUUCCUGAUCAACUUCACACUUCCUGAUCAACUUCACACUUCCUGAUCAACUUCACACUUCCUGAUCAACUUCACACGUCCUGAUCAACUUCACACUUCCUGAUCAACUUCACACUUCCUGAUCAACUUCACACUUCCUGAUCACCUUCACACUUCCUGAUCAACUUCACACUUCCUGAUCAACUUCACACUUCCUGAUCAACUUCACACUUCCUGAUCAACUUCACACUUCCUGAUCAACUUCACACUUCCUGAUCAACUUCACACUUCCUGAUCAACUUCACACGUCCUGAUCAACUUCACACUUCCUGGUCAACUUCACACGUCCUGAUCAACUUCACACUUCCUGAUCAACUUCACACGUCCUGAUCAACUCACACUUCCUGAUCAACUCACACUUCCUGAUCAACUUCACACGUCCUGAUCAACUCACACUUCCUGAUCAACUCACACUUCCUGAUCAACUUCACACUUCCUGAUCAACUUCACACUUCCUGAUCAACUCACACUUCCUGAUUAACUCACACUUCCUGAUCAACUUCACACUUCCUGAUCACCUUCACACUUCCUGAUCAACUUCAUACUUCCUGAUAUUACUUUGGCAAAAAGUUUUGCUUGGAGAGGAUGUGAAGAGUUAUGUACUCUUUUUAAUGUGUUAAAGUUUUAUUAUAGGCAGUAAAAUACAUGUAA